CUGCAGAAGGACUUUAUAUAGUUUAUUAUUAUUAUGUACAAAGAAGGGAGGACGGAAAGACCCCUCUCUCACUUUCUCUCUCACUAUCUCUCUCUCUGCCGCCAUCCAGCUUGCCUCAUCUUUCGUUUUAUGUGUGCAAAGACAUGCGCAAACAACACCCCCGCCCACCUGCGCCGACACUUGUCCGCCACCAUCCAAACAGCCCAUCCACUGGAGCAGCCCACUCUCUAGCAGCAGCAGCAGCAGCAGCUGCUUUAGAGUUGUAUAAAUAAGGCACAGCUAGGAGCAGCCAGCCUCAGUUGCUGGACAGUGUUGCUCGCGUAUUCUCCUUGUUGUUGCCCAUUUGCACAGCAGCAGCAGAUAGGAAAUUGUUAUCCUGGCCACGUUACACAGCCGCAAACUGUUGCGAAAAGUCAGCAAAGCGGAAAAGUUGCAAUUGAAUAGCGGAAGUUAAUUCGUUCCCAUGUGCUUGCCCCAUCACCGAUCGCUGUAAUUGCACAAAGUUUGGAGUAUUCCACUUAAGUCGAGACCAGCUUUGUUUAUAGCUCAUCUGGCUCUUCCUUUAAGCUGCCUUCUAUCCACGCACUAUGACUAAUUCGAAACGCAAACAGCCUACAAAGCCAAAUGCAACAGAUGCCAACAUCGAAGACCACAAAUCCACGGCUGUAGUUGAUGAGCCGCCCAAGUCGAGCCCAGAGUUGGCAGCGACGACGUCCACGCCUACUGCUCAGUUUUUCAAGCUUUGCUUUGGACAUGAGCUGCACAAUUUUGCUAACUUGAAAAGUUUUAGCAGCUGGCUGCAACGACCGGUAGAUGGCGCUGCCUUGGGUGUAUUCCGGAUGCUCUACGGCGCGGCUAUGUUGAUCGAUAUUGCAGAGGAGCGAGGUGGCGGACAGCUGGACGUGCGUUUUGGCGAGCCUCAUCACUGUCACUUUCCACUGUUCAAUGGAAUAAACGCUCUGGCUUAUCCGCUGAUGGGCUGCGUCUAUCUGGCGAUGUGGCUGGGCGCAAUAGGCAUUAUGCUUGGAUAUCGCUUUCGCUGCAGCUGCUUGACAUUUGUGACGAGCUACUGGUACAUCUUCUUGCUGGACAAGCCGGCGUGGAAUAAUCACAGCUAUCUAUUUGGCUUGGUGGGCACAUUGCUGCUGUUCACGAGUGCGAAUAGCUAUUGCUCGUUGGACAGUUGGCUGCAUCCAGAGCUACGCCGAGCGGUGCCCUAUUGGAAUUACUUUCUCAUCAAGUUUCAGUUCUUUGUGCUCUACAUGUACGCUGGCUUGAAGAAGUUCUCGUUCGAGUGGCUCUCCGGCUAUGCGAUGUCGAGUCUUAGUCAGCAUUGGGUCUUUGCGCCAUUUCGUCAGCUCUUGGAUGGGGAGCUCAUCGAUCUGCUGAUUAUCCAUUGGUUCACGGCCUUCUUUGAUCUGUCUAUAGCGUUCUUUAUGACGUGUGAGAAGACGCGUUUGUUGGUGACUCCAUUUAUGCUCAGUUUUCAUUUGAUGAACUCGCGUCUAUUUUCCAUAGGCAUGUUUCCUUGGGUUUGCUUGGCGGAGGUGCCGCUCUUCUUCAGCUUCGACUGGCCCAGACGUGUGCGCUGCCAGGCUAAGCCUGGCUCGCCAGCAUUUGAAGAGCAGAGUAAAAGGCCAAUUCAAUCCUCACCUGGCUUCAUGGCUCAGCUGCGCAGUUGCGUAAUCCUUUUUUACUGCGCCCUGCAGCUCUUCUUGCCCUACUCACACUUCAUUACCAAGGGCUACAACAACUGGACGAAUGGUCUAUAUGGCUACUCGUGGGACAUGAUGGUGCACUCGUAUGAUACGGUAUUGACAUCCAUCAAGGUGGUUGACAAUAACAAUCAGCAGGUGCAUCAUCUCAAUCCCUAUGCCUUCACCGAAUACGAUCGCUGGACCAAAUAUGCCGACAUGGCGGUGCAGUACGCCAAGUGCAUCGAGAAGAACAUUCACGACGAUAUGGACAAAAAUCCGGAAAACAGUCCGCUGAGCAGUAGAAACAUUUCCAUAUACUUUGAUAUCUGGUGCGCCAUGAAUGGACGUUUCCAGCAGCGAACCUUUGAUCCACGAGUGGAUCUGCUCAAAGCGCCCUGGUCACCCUUUGAACGAACUUCCUGGUCGCUGCCUCUACUCACAGAGCUUAAUCAUAUGCGACCGAAAUUGAAGACGAUUACCAACGAGGUGCUCGCCUGGAAUAACUAUUCGGAUGUUAUAUUCGUGGCCGAUUUUCCUGGUCUAACACUGAGCAACUUCAUCGCACCGGCUCUAUUCAACUGCAGCCUCACGAUCCUUGAGGGCAAUGUACGCUACAAGAGCGCCAAGGAUGGCGAGGCGUAUUUCCUGACUGCCGGCAAGAGCAUCAGCCUGGAGAGCAAUGCCACCCACUAUGUGACCACCAUUGGCCAGAAGCCCGCCUCCUAUUUAUAUACCUACGUAAACAAGACAAUGCUCGAUCAGGAUAUUGUAAUAGACAACGAGGGUCAAACCAGCGAACGACCUUUGUUGCCGUUGUGGAACGAGUUCAAGCAACGCAUCGCCAAUUACCAACAGUUCCUUAAACAUUUAGCCAAUUGUUUACUCUUUUUAAUAUACGAUGUGCCCAUACCCAUUUCCAUACGAGAGAGAGAUUAAGAAUGAAGCAGUCGAGACUAUAUAUUCCACUUGCUACAACAAAAGUAUUUUCUUGCCUGAGUCCCUAAGUGUCACAUAAUUUGUGCGUGAUAAAACUGAUAAUAAAUGUUUAAUGUUAUACCUCUGACAGCAAGAUUUUUAAACUUAAUAGGUAUUCAAAGAAUUUU